AUGGUUGACGAGUCUAAAAAGAUUGAACACGUGAAUACUAUUGAACCUAUUUUUGAAAAAAUGACAAAUCCUGUUGUUAAUCCAAAUUUUGUGUACGACGAUGAUAUUGAUAGUAAUGUAGAACCGAAACCGUUUGAUCGUCAACAACGACCGCAAAGUACACGUACAAAUCGUUCAAUAACAAGUCGAUCAUCGGUAAACAAUGCUGAUGGCAGAAUACAUUGUUUUGAUUAUCAUGCAUCAAAAUUCUUUUCAUAUAAGGAUCAAGGAUUCGAAAAAGCAUUAAGUCUGAUACACAAAAUUUUAUUUCCAAAUCAAGAAUUGUCAAUGGAUGAUCGAAAUCAACUUAUGAAACGUUCAUGGUUAUUAACUGACAUAGAUCAUUGGGACAUGCAUCGUGAGGUUAUCGUAACGUUAAUGCAAAAUCAUAUACUUAUCGUUCGGUAUAAUUUUAUUCGUAACAGAAUUAUCUAUACUCAAUCAAUAAGAUUUGAUGAUAUAAAAUCAGUGGUAUUUGGUCCAUAUAAAUAUCCGCCAAAAUCGAUAAUGGGCGAGUAUAUUUAUGGUGGCUGUCGAAUUGUACACGGAGAAGAGCCAACAUUUCUUGAAAGGUGGAAUCCAUUUAUACAAACUGGUUCUCACACAUUUACAUCUCAUCAUUUGGCAUACAAUGACAAAGAAAAAGAAACAACAACAUACAAUUGCGAUGAAUUUAUUGAAUCACUUGAGACUGCACUUAAUACCUAUCGUCGUGACAAUAAUUUACCAAAAUUAGAAUUUACAGAAGAACAAAUAGUAAUUCCAAGUUAUGCUAGUCUUGCUUCCGUUAUAUUCAAUCAAAAUUUUCUCGGAUUCAAUCGCGAUAGAAACGGUGUCAAUUGGUAA